GGGUGUUGAAAUCACAACGCAAUUGCUUCAGAAUCACAUCCGAAGCACAAUGGAAAAAUUAACGACUCUAUUAGGAAUGGCAAAUGCACCGAUGGUCUCAUAUUUUACCGAAAAAUUGUGGAAAACUCACAUUCCAAAUGAAAUUCAACGUGAAAUACAGACAAUCGAUGACAUUAACGCGGCAAUAGAUAUUUAUUGGAAACAUUUAGACCGAGAUGAUGAACUGGUGUGCAAAGAUAAAUUCAAGCAUUUUCGAUCAUUUUUAACCACUUCAAGACAAUAUCAUUUGGACAAUUUUGAAGAUAUUUGGAUGACACCGGAUUCAAUCAAACAAAUUCUCGAAACACAGCACAAAAAUCCAUUGAAAAUUCACGGAUUUAUGUCAACAAAAAAAGAUCAUGAGGUGCAUAUAACAGCUGAUUUAAUCUCAAAUAUGUGUGCGCCAAUUCGAAAUAAUAAGGCACUUGGUGUCAUCGAUGCUGGAGACGGUAAAGGAUACUUAUCUACAAGAUUAUCACUGGAACAUAAUAUCAAAUGUCUGGGUGUUGAUUGUAAUCCAGUCAAUACAAUGGGCGCAGUAAAACGGUCGGAAAACUUGGAGCGUUUUUGGAAUGCAAUGAAAACAAAGGCAGAGAAAAAAGCCAAUAAUGAACUGAUAGAAAAGCAAACGCGCCGUAAAAGAAAAGAACGAAAAAAAGUGACAUUGGAACAAGGCAUUAAUCCAAAAGCGCCUGUGAUCAAUGAAAAUUACAAGAAUGCUUUGCAUUUCAUAACGCCACAAACUGAUUUCAUCAAAUUAUUCAGUGAGAAUUUCAAUAUUGAAUCGGACGAAGUACCGGGUCUGUGUUUAACCGGUUUGCAUACAUGUGGAAAUUUGGCACCAUCAUGCCUGCGAAUAUUCAGUGAAAAUAAGCAAAUUUCAGCUGUCUGCAAUAUUGGUUGCUGCUAUCACCUUUUAACCGAACAAUUUAGUCAAUUCGUUUAUACGUCAAUACGACGUGAACGAAGUCCCGAAUCAAGGAAACGUGAAGUGUGCGAUUUACCCGAUGGUAUGGAUGCAAUCGAUGGUUUUCCAAUGAGUCAAUAUUUAAUUGAACGCAAAACAAAACUCGGACGAAAUGCUCGAAUGUUGGCCUGUCAAUCGGUUCAUCGUGUCGUGGAUCGAAAAGAAUUGCCAAAUAAUCAUCUAUUUUUUCGUGCAUUACUUGAAGUUUUAAUUCAACGAAAAUGUCCAGAGUAUGUGGGCCGAAUUGAAGUCGGCCGACUGAAACAAUGCCAUACGUUUCAGGAAUACGUACGAAAAUCGGUCAAACGUAAUCCAGUUUUAAGAUUUGAUGAUAUCACCGAUGAUGAAUUAGAUCAACUUUGCAACGAAUUUAAAAUGGAAGAACGAUUUUUAGAUGUUUAUCAUUUGAUGCGAGUUUCAAUUGCGGCUAUUGUUGAAAAUGUGAUUUUACUCGAUCGAUUUUUAUACUUGAAGGAACAAGAAAAAUGUGGUGAUAUGUCUUAUUUGGUACGAUUCUUCGAUCCGGUCAUUUCACCUAGAUGCUAUGGACUUAUUGCGAUAAAACAUGGUUGACAUUGAAUACAAUUCACUCGGAAAAAAAAUUUAUUAGUUUUUUUUAAAUAAAAUAGAUUUACACACAUAUUUUUUUAAAAUGCAAAAUGUUAUAUAAGGAUAAUUUUUCAUUAAAA